CUCUGUCUCUCUCUUCUUUCCAGCUACUGUCCAGUCCUUGAGCUCUCUCUCUCUCUCUCACACACACACAGUCAAAAAAAAAAAAAAACUCCUAAACCAAUAAAAAGUGUCAUUUUCUAGCUUUCAACUCAACUGAGCAGCUCCAGUAAUCAGACGAAAGGGACACUUGCGGGGGUGAGUUAGAGUUGGGGAAAGCUUUGAAUUGGAGAUCUGGUGAAGAGAAAGCUAGGGUUUAGCUUGGGAGAGUUUGGAUUUUUUGAAUGUGAACAGAACCUAGGAGCAAGAAGCAUGAUCUGAGCUUCAUGAUGCCCUGCUGAGUAAAGGUAGUUAGCUUUUUUGGAUGUUGAUUUUAACUUAAGUUGAGAAGCUUCUGGUGGAGAAAGGGGGGGUGGGGGGUGGGUUUUUCUCUUCUUUUUCUUUUAGCUAUGGCUUUUGUAGGAAACCUGAAUGUGCUUCUUAUAAGAGGGGUACUUGUAAUUGCUAUUUCAACCAACUACUUUUUUUUUUUGGUUUUCUAUUGAGAAAAAAAUACCUCUUUUUUUUUUUUUGAGAUUUGAAGAAUGAGACUCUCUUCAUCAGGGUUUAAUCAGCAAACUCAGGAAGGGGAGAAGAAAUGUUUGAAUUCUGAACUUUGGCAUGCAUGUGCGGGUCCUCUGGUGUCCCUGCCGCCUGUUGGAAGCCGGGUUGUUUACUUUCCCCAAGGUCACAGUGAACAAGUUGCUGCUUCGACCAACAAGGAAGUAGAUGCUCACAUACCAAACUAUCCGAGCUUACCCCCACAGCUUAUCUGUCAGCUUCACAAUGUUACUAUGCAUGCAGAUGUAGAAACAGAUGAAGUGUAUGCUCAAAUGACCUUGCAGCCACUGAGUCCGCAAGAGCAAAAGGACGUAUAUCUACUGCCUGCAGAACUGGGUAAUCCCAGCAAACAGCCAACCAACUAUUUUUGUAAAACACUGACAGCAAGUGACACAAGCACUCAUGGAGGAUUUUCUGUUCCUCGCCGCGCCGCUGAAAAAGUCUUUCCUCCUCUUGAUUACUCCCAGCAGCCUCCAGCGCAAGAGUUGAUUGCCAGGGAUCUUCAUGAUAAUGAGUGGAAAUUUAGACAUAUCUUUCGAGGCCAGCCAAAGAGGCAUCUUCUGACAACUGGGUGGAGUGUUUUUGUUAGUGCAAAGAGACUUGUUGCUGGUGAUUCAGUCCUUUUUAUUUGGAAUGAAAAGAAUCAAUUGUUGUUGGGUAUCCGGAGAGCAAGUCGCCCUCAGACUGUUAUGCCGUCUUCUGUUUUAUCAAGUGAUAGCAUGCACAUUGGUCUUCUUGCUGCAGCAGCUCAUGCGGCUGCAACGAAUAGCCGUUUUACUAUAUUUUACAACCCAAGGGCUAGUCCUUCAGAGUUUGUCAUUCCUCUUGCCAAAUAUGUUAAAGCUGUCUACCACACUCGGGUUUCUGUUGGCAUGCGGUUUCGAAUGCUGUUUGAGACAGAAGAGUCAAGUGUCCGCCGAUAUAUGGGUACAAUAACUGGUAUUAGUGACUUAGAUCCUGUUCGCUGGCCAAAUUCACAUUGGCGCUCUGUUAAGGUUGGCUGGGAUGAGUCCACUGCAGGGGAGAGGCAGCCAAGGGUGUCCUUGUGGGAGAUUGAACCAUUAACAACCUUCCCUAUGUAUCCAUCACCCUUCCCCCUGCGACUGAAGCGACCAUGGCCAUCUGCACUACCCUCCUUCCAUGGUAUGCUAGAAUCUUUGCUAAGAAUGGUUGAAAUUACACAUAUAGCUUCUCGACUACACCUAAAGUUAGGGGUUUUCCUUAUCUAUACUGAAUCAAUUUAUUUUGUAUUACCAGCUUUCAAAGAUGGUGAUAUGAGCAUCAAUUCCCAAUUGAUGUGGCUUCAAGGUGGGGUUGGAGAUCAAGGAAUUCAGUCUUUAAACUUCCAAGGAUUUGGAGUUGCACCCUGGAUACAGCCAAGGCUUGAUACUUCUUCACUACCGGGAGUACAACCUUAUCUUUACCAAGCAAUGGGAGGUGCAGCAUUUCAGGACAUGAGGACAGUUGAUUCAUCCAAAAUAGGCUCUCAGUCUCUCUUGCAAUUCCAGCAACCCCAGAACACAUCCAAUGGGACUCCUGCUCUGAUUCAGAGGCAGAUGUUACAGCAGUCACAAACACAAAAUGCCUUCCUUCACAGUUUCCAGGAGAAUCAGACCACUGCACAAGUUCAGCUUCUGCAGCAGCUGCAGCGCCCCCAUUUGUACAAUGAUCAGCGACAACAGCAUCAGCAUCAGCAUCAGCAUCAGCAUCAGCCACAACAUCACCAACAGCAACAGUCUCAACAAACGCAGCAACUGCCGCAGUUGUCUGUUCCACAGCAGAUUUCCAAUGUGAUAUCUGCAUUUCCUUCUACAUCAGCCAGCCAGGCCCAGUCCUCAUCUUUGCCAGUUGUUGCUUCACAAUGCCAGCAGCAGACGUUUCCGGACUCCAUUGGCAAUUCUAUAGCCACAUCUGAUGUUUCUUCUAUGCAUAGCAUCUUAGGUUCAUUAUCCCAGAAUGGAGCUUCCCAUUUACUCAACUUGAAUGGAUCAAACCCUAUUAUCUCUUCUUCUUCUUUGUUGUCCAAGCCAGUAGCUGUUCAACCGCAGGUUUCAUCUGGAGCAACUAACUGUGUACUGCCCCAGGUUGAACAGUUGGGAACGGCACAGUCAAAUGUAUCUGAACUUUCUAACUUAUUACCACCGUUUCCUGGAAGGGAGUAUUCUGCUUACCAUGGUUCAACUGAUCCACAAAACAAUCUUCUGUUUGGGGUUAGCAUUGAUUCCUCAUCUCUUAUGCUGCAGCACGGGAUGACAAACAUGAAAAAUUUCGGGAAUGAAAAUGAUUCAUUGUCUCUGCCAUAUGCUGCUUCAAAUUUCACCAGUGCUUCAGGCACAGAUUUUCCACUUAAUUCAGACAUGACUACCUCAAGUUGUGUGGAUGAAUCAGGUUACUUGCAGUCUUCUGAAAAUGUGGACCAAGUAAACCCUACAACCGGAACCUUUGUGAAGGUUCACAAGUCGGGGUCUUUUGGGCGCUCAUUGGAUAUUUCCAAGUUCAGCAGCUAUGAUGAGCUGCGCUGUGAGCUCGCUCGAAUGUUUGGCCUUGAAGGCCAAUUAGAGGACCCUCAGAGAUCAGGCUGGCAGCUUGUAUUUGUUGACAGGGAGAAUGAUAUUCUUCUCCUUGGUGAUGACCCUUGGCAGGAAUUUGUGAACAAUGUAUGGUAUAUCAAGAUACUAUCUCCACUUGAAGUGCAACAAAUGGGGAAAGAAGUCCUGAAUCCUGCCGCUUCUGUCCCAAGCCAAAGGCUUACCCAUAGCAGCAACAACUGUGAUGACUACAUGAGCAGACAGGACUUGAGGGGUUCUGGUAAUGGACUUGCCUCUAUGGGUUCUCUUGAAUACUAAAGGAGAAUGCUCCUGAAGUUGGGGAUUUGAAAUGGAAGUUGCACUGAUGAAUGUUGUAGCUGUCUUAUGGCACUGUUUAUGUACGCAUGGAUUGUUAGAAUUCUUUGGAACUUUUACCUUUUUUUCUUUUGUGGUAAUUGAAAUGUAUCGCCUGUUUAAGUUGAUAUUAAAGCUUGUGUGUCGGAAUACUGCUGUAAAUUAUAAUAGGAAAUAUUUCUAACACUUACGUUAUAGUCCUUUAGAGCACAAGGAUCUAUUAGGAUAAUCCCAUUAUGUUAUCAGCAAUUUGUUGGCUGCCCUGUAAUUUAUAUCAUCUACUGUUUCUAAAACGGCAGUUCAUAAAUGAACAACUUAUUUGAACGUAGACUUA